GUGAUGGGACAUGUGCUGUUAAACUCCAUACAAUUCCUGGGAACCACCAGCAAUCCUCUGACAAAUAAAGAAUUUCGAGAAAGUCUCGACCUGACAUACAGACUGGCCAUUGAAAAUGUCAAUCUUUCCGAAAGGGAGAAGCUGCAUGUUGAUGCUCUGAGAAAGUUAGAUGAGGGAUUUAUGGGUAAGGCCUCAACAAUCUGGGAAAGAAUCCUGCAGAGCCAUCCAACAGAUCCACUGGCACUGAAAUUAGCUGCCGAGUCAUAUUUCUACCUUGGUUACAAAAGGGACCUGAAAGGUUCUAUUGAGAGGGUACAAGACAAGUGGAGCCCUCAAGUACCCUACUGGCACUUCCUCUUUGGGAUGAAGGCUUUUGGAUGCUGUGAGAAUGAGGAGUAUGAAGAGGCUGAGAGAUUGGCCAAAGAGGGCCUGAAGCAUUUAAGAAAUGACAUCUGGAGUACGCACGCACUUGCCCAUGUAUACGAGAUGAUUGGUCAGUUUAAUUUGGGGGCAAAGUUUCUUGAUGAAACUGUUGAUGAUUGGCAGUCCUGCAACUUAAUGUCUUGUCACGUUCAUUGGCACAAUGCAGUCUUCAACAUAGAGAGAGGUGACCAUGGUAGGGCCUUGGCUAUAUAUGAUGCUAAGAUUGGUCCAAGAAUUCAAGAAGAUCCUGAUAACAUGCUCAACGUUGUUGAUGCUUGUUCAAUAUUAUACAGAUUGAUGUUGGAAGGUGUUGAUUUGAAAGACAGAUUUUGCGGGCUAAUUAGCACCUGCGAGAACCACGCAAACGAUCACGUGUACACUUUCAAUGACCUUCACUUUCUCAUGGUCUUCCUCGGGUCAGGUCACAGGGUGAAGGCCAGACAGUUUGUGCAGUCCAUUGAGGAUUAUUUGAGCACCCAGCCACACGCGAACGAAUAUACGAUGACCUCGAGAUUGGUGGGCCUCAAGUUGUCACGUGCCAUGCUGGCCUAUCACGAGGGCUUCUAUGAAGAAGCUGUUGAGUUGUUCCGUGAGAUGAUGAAAGAAAUUCAAGAGGGGAAAUUCGGGAAAGGCCGCGAGGGGCUGGAAAAAGAGAUGGGCCCUAAGGAAGCAAAAUCCGGGGAGGGGCUGUUUGGAGCAUUCCAGCCGUCAAUCAAACGUGAUUUGGUGGUUGUUAUUGGGGGCAGUGACGCUCAGCGAGAUGUUUUUGCGCAGUUUUGCAUACACGCUUCCAUGAAUUCCAAAAAGCCCGAACAUCAAAGCCUGGCUCGAGACUUGUUGCAGCAAAGAAAAAUAAUAAAACCCAUAUCACCCUUAACUGACAGAUUGAUGGCUAAAUUACAAUCUUGUACGAGAGAUAGGUAAUGAUGAUGAUGACUACGAUGAUGAUGACUACGAUGAUGAUUAUGAUGGUGAUGAUGGUUGUGAUGAUAAUGGUGAAUAAGUGAGGAUUUUUUUAUUCAAUUUAAAAAUUCGAGUCAAAAGAUACAAAAUUUUUUUUAAAAAGAUUUUUUAGAAGAAAAAACAUUUCAUUGAAAAUAAUUCAGAAUAAUAACAAGAUUAAUUCAUAAUUAAUUCAAUUAGUUCAUAACAAAUACAAUUAAUUCGUUAUAAAUUUUAAAAAUCUAUUUAUUUAUCUUUUUCGUCGCAUGUUAAUGAUCUGACAUCAAUAUUCAUUCUAAUUUAUUAUAAAUAUUGCAAUACAUGAUCAUGUAAAUAAUUUAGACUUACAUCAGAUUGACAUUAGGCCGUGAA